GAGGAGAUUAAUUAGAAAAAAGAAGAAAUAUAUAGUACUAAUAGAGAUGGCAAAAAGCAAAGUGUUGAUAGUGGGAGGGACAGGGUACCUUGGGAAGAGAAUGGUGAAAGCUAGUUUAGCAAAUGGACACGACACCUACAUUUUGCAACGUCCAGAAAUAGGAGUUGAUAUUGAGAAAGUUGAAAUUCUUAUUUCUUUUAAGAUGCAAGGUGCUCACCUUCUAACUGCUUCUUUUAACGAUCAUCAGAGCCUCGUCAACGCUGUUAAACUCGUCGACGUUGUCAUCUGUGCCAUCUCAGGUGUCCAUAUUCGUAGCCAUCAUAUCUUGCUUCAGCUUAAGCUUGUGGAUGCCAUCAAAGAAGCAGGAAAUAUCAAGAGAUUUUUGCCAUCUGAAUUUGGAACGGAUCCAGCAAGAAUGGAAAAUGCAAUGGAGCCAGGUAGAGUGACAUUUGAUGAUAAAAUGGUGGUGAGAAAAGCCAUCGAAGAAGCUGGCAUUCCUUUCACUUAUGUCUCUGCUAAUUGCUUUGCUGGUUACUUUCUUGGCGGCCUUUGUCAAAUUGGUCAUAUCCUUCCUUCAAGAGACACUGUUGUCUUGCUCGGAGAUGGCAACCAGAAAGCAAUUUAUGUGGCCGAAGAUGAGAUAGCAACAUAUACCAUAAAGACCAUAGAUGAUCCAAGGACACUCAAUAAAACACUUUACCUUAGGCCUCCAAAAAACAUACUUUCUCAAAGAGAGGUUGUUCAAAUAUGGGAAAAGCUAAUUGGCAAAGAGCUUAAAAAAUCAACUCUUUCCAAAGAAGAAUUUUUGGCUCCAAUGAAGGAGCUUGAAUAUGCAGAACAAGUUGGAUUGUGUCACUAUUAUCACGUUUGCUAUGAAGGAUGCCUUGCUAAUUUUGAAAUAGGAGAAGAAGGAGAAGAGGCUUCCAAACUCUAUCCAGAGGUUAACUACACUACGGCCGAAGACUAUAUGAAGCGUUACGUCUAAGGUCUAGCUCUCAUAACAUCUUUCGGUCUUGUAAUUAUUGGCUUUGGCUUUGUAAUAAACUUAUCUCUGAUUAUUCGUUA